AUGUCACUGUUAAGACCCUACUAUGACCAUGACACGUUUGACGCCGGUUAUUCCGUCAUAUUCAAACCGGGUGUAGGUCUCAUAGACACAAACACAAAUCGACCUAUUUCUUCUUCUCUCGCUUCAUCUUUGUCACAAACGGCAGGGUCAGCAAAUCGAUCCCAAAACAAUCCAGGAGGGUUUCGAAUUGGAGGAUUAUCAGAUAAGCGGUUUAUAGGUGAUGUUGGCUUGGGCAAGGCCACGCGGUCAGCCGGGGGUGAUAAGAACUAUGUUUACGAUUUGGAAUUCAAAGAAUACUUUGAUGUCAACAAUCUGUCUGAGUUGCUCAAGAAUCUCAUUUGGAAUUUCUUCAAGAAUUAUUGCAAAAGUAUCUUGUCUCAGCCACUUGAAAUAGCACGGUUGGUGUUGCAGGUAGGUGUGUUUAAUUUUGAACCAAAGAAGCAAAAGAAGGAUUAUCAGCGGUUAUUGGCUGAUGACCUGGACGAGUCUGAUCUGCCCGAUGAAGAGGAAAAUUACUUUCAGUCAGCCAUCGAAUUCAAUAACAUUUCCGAACUCAAGAAACCAUCCAAAACUGCUCAUCUGUCCAGUCCCAGAAAGAAAUCAACGGUGAUUCAGCCGGCUCACACGAACAGUCACAAGAUCAAACCAAUUUCCAAACACACAAUCGAUAUCAUGUCGUCGAUAGCUGGCAAAGAUGGUCCCCUUGCUCUCUUCCGCGGGAUAAACGCAGCGUUUAUUCAUCAAACACUCUCACACACCAUCGAGGCAUGGAUCACUGGGUUCAUUGCUCCAUUUUUGGGGAUCCCCGAUCCUUUCUUUUUGGACUUGACUCACCUGCCCGAUCCCUUGAAGUCGUUGUGGCUCUCCGUGCUGGCGUGUGUACUUACAGGAAUGGUAUUGAUUCCUCUCGACUUGAUAAAGGUUAGGUUGAUGCUCACUCAGUUCACCAAGCCACAGUCAGAAACUAUCAAAAACCCUGAGGUGAACUCUCCAGUUGGGGAAAACACUGUUGUCGAACAAGCUCAGAAUACCAGAUCCAUUAGAGAGUCGAUCCGCAAGUAUCCCCUUCACUUGUUGUUGAACCCUCCACCAGCCAUUGCUCUCUUGACAGUCCUUUACCAAUUCUCAACCACCAUUUUCAGGAAGACAACACCAUACCUUCUUUUCAUUCGCUUCAACAUCGACUCGUACCUGUCACCCACCUUGUUUACGCUUGUCAAUUUGUUUCUGCUGAUUUUUGAGUUCUUCAUAAAGUUGCCAGUAGAAAAUGUUUUGCGUAAAGAACAGGUGCGUUUUCUUCUUGCACCCAAGGACUAUGACAAACACAACGUCGUGACCAUUCUCAACCCGAAGGAGAACUUGAUCGUGGACUUCAAUUCCGGUUGGGUUCAUAAUGACGAUGAUGAUUUGCAGCCGUCAUUGUGGCAUCGCAUUCAACGCUUCGGGCUCUUUGAUGGCUGGAGAGUGGGUGUGCUCAACGUGUUUGCAUUCUGGGGAUAUAAUAUCUUGAACUCCAACGGUAACUCCCUUGACGAAGAGAAAUUAUGA